AUGCAGCAGAAUACAGAGAAUGCAUGUAUUGUCAGCAAGGAGUUCGCGGAAUCCGGAUGGCUCUCCUGGUCGGGCUUCAUCGACUACCCCCUCCCGAGAUCGUGCGGGAAGAUCGAGCCCUGGGACGUCAUGUACAGGCAGGAGUGGUGGAAGUAUUCGAUCCAGGGAUUGGUCAUCAAGACGUACGUCAACAAGAUGGGCGGGGUCAACGCGUACGUGUACGUCUUCAACAAGAAACUCGAGGUAGGGGGCAAGCUCGCGACAUGGCACGGCCUCAAGUUCACCGUAAGCAGCUUGAUGUCCUACUCUGACAUGCCUGAGAUGGAGAAUACCCUCACGGGGGAGAGGUUCAGACCCAACAUCAUCGUCUAA